GGUUCCGAAAGCGACGGACGCUACACGUGAGCCAUGGAUACGCCGUUGAGGCGCAGCCGGCGGCUUGAAGGCCUAAAUCCUCUGUCUCCAGAGACUGUUCCUGACCCCGCAGUUUCCCGAGCGAGACGGGCCCUUGUCGAGUUUGAGUCCAGCCCAGAAGAAACAAGCGAGCCCAAGUCUUCGACAGUGCAGCCGCUAGGCCUUCGGUCUCCCCAGCCUCAGCCGGAGGCAAAUUCCGGAUCACCGUGUCUGAAACAGGAUGCUGGCUUUGGAUCUCCCCAAAGGCAACCAGAGCCUGACUCCGGGUCCCUCCAACCUCAGCAAGAUCUGGGCCUGGAGUCACCUACAGGACAGACAGGAUCGAGUCCGGAAUGCCCCCAACAAGAGAAGUCAUGCAAAUCUUUGCCCACACAAGGAGAACUGGACUCAGAGGUGGUACACACUAAGGACUCGAUCCCAGGAUCCCCAGAGCCUUGCCCCGGCCAGCAAGCACUGGGUCCCGAGCCCUCCCGGCCAGUACAGGAGCUGACAUCCCAGACACCCAUCUUCCCAGAGCGCCGGCAGGAACCAAACAGGCUACCUCGGGCUGGCAAGACGGUGACAGGAGGCCUCGACAUGAAGAAACGAGUUAUACCUUCUCCCCAGGCCCCGGCGCCCAAGAAAUUGAAGGAGAAGGAGGAGCUUCCAGUAAUCCCUAAGGGGAAGCCCAAAUCCGGGCGCGUGUGGAAAGACCGCUCCAAGAAGAGGUUCUCCCAGAUGGUUCAGGACAAGCCCCUGCGUACCUCUUGGCAGCGGAAAAUGAAGGAGCGGCAGGAGAAGAAGCUGGCCAAGGACUUCGCCCGCCACCUAGAGGAGGAGAAACAGAGGCGCCGGCAGGAGAAGAAAGAGCGCCGGGCUGAGAAUCUGAAACGCCGCCUAGAGAAUGAGCGAAAGGCUGAGAUUGUCCAAGUGAUCCGAAACCCUGCCAAGCUCAAGAAGGCGAAGAAGCACCAGCUGCGCUCCAUUGAGAAGAGAGACACCCUGGCCUUGCUCCAGAAGCAGCCGCCUCAGAGACCUUUAGCCAAGGUCUGAGCUCAGUACAGCCCAGAACCUCCACAAGCCAUCUCUCAGACCACCGUCAGACAUCUCUCCUGGGGCCAGCACACCAACUCUGUAGCUUUAAGACAGGAACAGUAGCACAGAGGGAACCCAGGACCUCACAGGAUCUCCUUUCAGAUCUUUGCCAAAGUGCCUUAGGGAAGCGGUGGUGCACACCUUUAAUCCCAGCACUGGGGGGGGG